UCUCUCAACACUCUCCCAACAGUCUCAACAGUCUCUCAACAGUCUCCCAACCGCAGUCCCAACAGUCUCUCAACAGUCUCUCAACUCUCCCAACAGUAUCCCAACAGUCUCAACAGUCUCUCAACACUCUCCCAACAGUCUCCCAACAGUCUCCCCCAGCCUCUCAACACUCUCCCAACAGUCCCAACAGUCUCUCAACACUCUCUCAACACUCUCCCAACAGUCUCCCAACAGUCUUCCAAUAGUCUCUCGCACUCUCCCAACAGUCUCCCAACAGUCUCUCCAUUCUCAACAGUCUCUCAAGUCUCCCCAACUCUCCCAACAGUCUCUCAACAGUCUCUCAACAGUCUCCUUGCUCUCCCCAGCCUCUCCCAACAGUCUCACAACAGUCUCUCAACAGUCUCUCAACAGUCUCUCAACAGUCUCCAACAGUCUCUCAACAGUCUCAACAGUCUCUCAACAGUCUCUCAACAGUCUCUCAACAGUCUCCCGGUCUCCAACAGUCUCCCAACAGUCUCAACAGCCUCUCAACAGUCCCCCAACAGUCUUCCAAUAGUCUCUCAACACUCUCCCAACAGUCUCUCAACAGUCUCCCAACAGUCUCUCAACAGUCUCAACAGUCUCUCAACAGUCUCCCAACACUCUCCCAACAGUCUCUCAACAGUCUCUCAGCAGUCUCCCAACCUCUCCCCACUCUCCCAACAGUCCCACAACAGUCUCAACAGUCUCUCAACAGUCUCUCAACAGUCUCUCAACAGUCUCUCAACAGUCUCUCCACAGUGCCUCUCUCAACAGUCUCUCAACAGUCUCUCCAACAGUCUCCAGCAGUCUCUCAAUAGUCUCUCAAUAGUCUCUCAACAGUCUCUCAAUAGUCUCUCAACAGUCUCUCAACAGUCCCAACAGUCUCAACAGUCUCUCAACAGUCUCUCAACAGUCUCUCAACAGUCUCUCAAUAGUCUCUGA